AUGUCUAGAAAGAGCAAAAGGGUGUGCUUUAGUCCUGAUGUCAACGACAAACCAACCCUCUUUCUCAAAUACAAUGGUGGUGGUGGCAACGACAAGGAUAAUAGAGUUUCAAGAAACGGGAAGAGGGUCACCAGACCAUGCACUUUCAGAUUUUCUAUGGACACUAACUUGUCUCCUGCGAAGUUUCUACUGCAGCUAGGAGAAAAGGUGGCAAGUGCUAUAAGAAACGUUUCUGUGAGAAGGAGAUCCUCCAGAAAGGUUUCUUCAUCCACUUUGGUUAGGUCACGUUCAUUAUCAGACCUCACUGAUUCACACCGAGCCGAAACUGUAGAAGAUUGCAUUGAGUUCUUACAUUCCUCCUCAUCUAGGGAGAGACCAAGUUGA